AUGGAUUUAAAAAGCGCGCAGUGCAUUUGGGACGCCCUAAACGAUUUGCACAAAAGUGAUAAGCAGGCGUACGACAAAUUUAUGGACAAACACAUGGGGAACAUAAAACAGCAGAAGCCGAUCAAACCAAAGUUCUGCUUCUGCAUCGUGACGGACAUGGAAAAGGUGUCAAUCAAGACAAAGGCCAGUGAACACAAAGAGAAAAUGUGUGAUUAUUAUGUGUAUGUAUAUCACAGCAGCAAAAUGAAAGCGCCCACACUCCCCAAGAAUUUCCCUACCAAUCUGGAAGAAGUAAAUUACGACCACAUUCCUAUUAGUACGUGUAAAAUAAAAGGAGAAAGCUCCAGAGACAUGUACGCAGAAGCUGUUAUCCACUCGGACAUCCACAAGCAUUUCCACAAUAUAUAUUUUAAAAAUAAAAUUGUUCAAAAAAUAUUAACAAUAUUAAAUGAGUCAGAACAAAUGCUUAGGAGUGAUGUACGCAUAAAUGGCAACUCCUUCAAAUAUAACGAUUUGGGAUAUGUCCCUAAGACGAAACAUUUUUUAAAUCCGCAUUGUGUAGAUGGCACAUUACACACAGAAGACUCCACAUCGUUGGACGAAAGUGACAUAAAAUUUUAUAACAUGUUAAGUCAAAAACAGCUUAAGAGUAAUGAUACAAAGGAGAAGGAAGGGAAAAACGAAAUAAAAAUACACGAGGCGUCCAGUAACAUACUGAAUGAUAUACAGUCGGUCAGAACCACCAAACGGGAAAAAAAUGAUGACAGUCAACAGGGGCGCAUCCCGAGGCAGGUGAAGUCGUAUCAUUACACAAUUAUUGACAGAUACCUCCAUAUCAUCGUCACCUUUAACAGCAUUUCAUACGAAGAAUUGGAAAUUUUGAAAAAAGGCAACACCGUUCAGAUAUAUGUGUCUAGCAGACCCGAUGACUGCAUGACUUUGAGCUUCAAGCAAAACUUAAGCGAUAAUAUCAAAGCCUAUUUCAAUGAAAAGGCCCUCAAAUUGACCAUCAGCGUGGAGCUCCUGUACUGA